UAAAAAGUAAAUAUAAAGAAAAGUUUUCUUAUUGAAGUCACACUUAACAUCAAAAUACAGUUGCCUGCAAGCGUGUUUGUACAGUACUGAUGGUGACAUUCAGAGGAGGGUCAUUUUCUCUUGUGUAUGUCAUUGGGCAUAUGUUUGUACACUGCCCCACACGUAUGAUGACAAUCCAGACCACAACAUACUGCCAGUAAGGAUGCGAUCUCUCGUCCUUUGCAUCUCGUUUGCACUCCAGUGCUUCGUUCUCCAGAGCGCCUCAGAGUAUUCUUCAAAAUCCGAGCUGGAAUACGAAUUCGGUGACUAUCGCGGCAAGUUCUGUAUCGACGAUCAAGGCUUCGUUUAUGGCAUCGGAGAGGUGUAUUACCCGAGCUCCACAGCGUGUCCUUGCACCUGCACAGAGGAUGGACCCGUGUGUGUCAGACCGAAGUGCCCGCGGAUACACCCCCGAUGUACGCGCAUCAAAUACAAGUCCUGCUGUCCCGUGUGUGAAGCCGUCAGUAAAGUUUGUGUGUACGGGGGCAAAACUUACAGAAUGCUGGAGGAAUUUAGGUUGUCACCCUGUGAGCGUUGCCGUUGUGAAGUCAACAGAGAAGUUUACUGCAGCAUAUCCGGCUGUCCUGCUUUACAUUGUGUGAAUCCUGUAUAUGAACCCAACCAUUGCUGUCCUGUGUGCAAAAAUGGGCCAAACUGCUUUGCUGGAAAUCGCGUGAUCUCGGCUGGAGAGCGUGUUGAGAUUGACGAUCAGACAGUGUGUUUCUGCACCUACCGGGACGGAACGUGGCAGACGCAUCCUCACGCUACCUGUGAGGAGCGCCAACGAGCAGACAAUGAAGCCACUGACUCCGACAACACAUCCAAACAGAUGGAGGAACAAGACACGGAGACGGAGGAAGAGAAAGAGAAAAAGAGAGUGUUCUUGCCCAGGCUGGAUGCCAUCCCAUGAAGGGAAGUGUGCCUGGCUCCAGCUCGUCUGACAGGCAGGAGGGGAUGCAGAGCACCAUGCAGGUGUCUGUGCCCAGGGUAAACACAACCUGCGCUGGGAUAACUGCCAAUGCUGACCUCUUUAGCCAACCUCACCACCCCCUCCCAUCCUGGCCCAGAUCGGCACUCCGCUGAAAAGCAACAUGCACUAAUAAAAUGUUCCAUUAUUAUACACGGUACACUUGUUGUUCGGAAAUCAAGGGGUCAGCAAGACUUAAAAGGCUGCAUUAAAUUGAUCAAAAGUAAUAUUAAUGACAUUUACAAUGUUACAAAAAUAUUUCAAUAGCUGUCCUGUUUAUUCAUCAAAGAUUCCUGAAAAUGUAUCAGUUUCUUGAGCACUAAAUCGGCAUAUUAGAAUGAUUUCUGAAGGAUCAUGUGACACUGAAGACUGAAGUUAUAAUUCUGAAAAUUCAGCUUUGCCAUCACCGGAAUAAAUUACAUGUUAAAAUAUGUUAAAAUAAAAAGCAGUCAUUUUAAAUGGCAAUAAUAUUUGACAAUAUUACUAUAUUUGAGAUCAAAUAAAUGCAGCGUUUGUGAGCAUAAGAGACUUUUUUUCAAAAACACUUUAAAAAUCUUACUGACCCCACACAUUUGAAUGGUAGUGUAAACGUGUGUAUAUUAUUGUAUAUCAUUUUGUCUACUUCUUACUAAGAUGCAGUUAUGCAGCAUUAUUUUAAAAAUGGAGUAUUGUACAAAAUCCCAUCCCAUUUUCCAUCUCAUUCUUGUAGCAUGUUCUGUUAAUGGGCAUAUUACAUACCUUGGAAGUCUUGAAUAUUGUUUGACGUUGAAAUGAUUUAUUCCAUGUCCAAUAUGACGUGUUAAUUAACUUCAAUAUUCAUUCCAACAGGUAAAUUUACAAAAUGUCAUAUUGUGUUAGAUAUAAUCUGUAAAAUGUUGUUCUCCAAAAAGACGAUUAAUGUAUUUGUUUGUUUAGAUAGGAAGUGGAGCAUGCAAUAAAAAAAAAACACAAUUUUUCAAAGGGCUGGUCAAAUGGAAAUACAUACUUUAAGUAUUAAAAUCAUCUCAGGUUUGAGUAUUUUCUCCUUGUCUCGUUAUUUAAAAAUCUGAAUCAUUGCAUAUUUGAUGUUUUCAACAGACAUUUUCUACAACACAGCUAAUUUACAAAAUGCAUGUAGCCUAAUAUACUGACAACGCAGUCUUUAUGAAUUACAAACAUAUGAAUAAUUUAUUAUAUUCAAAUUGUGAUAAUAUACACUACCAGUCAAGUUUUUGAACAUUUAAUGUUUUUUGAAGAAGUCUUUUCUGCUUAUUUGAUCCAAAGUACAGCAAAAACAAUUAAAAUGUUAAAUAAUUGUACCAUUUACAAUAACUGUUUUCUACGUGAAUAGAUUUUAAAAUUUCAAAGCUGAAUUUUUAGCAUCGUUACUUCAGUCACACGAUCCUUCAGAAAUCAUUAUAAUAUUCUGAUUUGCUGCUCAAAAAACAUUUAUUAUUAUUAUGCUGAAAACAGCUGAGUAGAAUUUUUUCAGGUUUCUUUGAUGAAUAGAAAGUUCAGAAGAACAGCAUUUAUCUGAAAUAGAAAUCUUUUGUAACAUUAUAAAUGUCUUUAUCAUCACUUUUGAUCAAUUUAAAGCAUCCUUGCUAAAUAAAUUUUUAUUAAAAAAUAAAAUGUACUCACCUGUUUUAAAUAUUUAUAAUAAU